GGCCUCGCAGGGACUCUCCCAGGACCAAUGAAGCUUUCCAGCAUUGGAACGCCGCUUCUCUCUCCAUUUAUACUCGUCCUCCUCCUGUUAUUGAUGGUGCCGCCUCGUCUCUCUCUUGCCGACGUCGGCACCGGCGCCCACUAUAGUCCUCCGUACACGCCAACUGCGUGUUUCGGCAACGAUCCGGCGCAGUUCCCGUCGAGCAACUUCUUCGCGGCAGCAGGGGAAGGGAUAUGGGACAACGGAGCAUCGUGCGGGAGGCAGUACCUGGUGCGGUGCAUCAGCGCCUCGGUCUCCGGGACCUGCGUUCCCGGCAAGACCAUCCAAGUCCGAAUUGUUGACCGCGCGCUGUCCUCGUCCUCGCGUCCCUCGAGCAGCGGUGCGACCGUCGUCCUAUCCACAACGGCGUUCGGCGCGAUCACGAAGUUGUCCGCUGCGGCAAUCAACGUCGAGUACCAACAGUGCGUUCGUUUUUCCUCACCUAAUUUUGUCUGUCUUUUGAUACAAACUAAGCACCCUUUUGAUGUUUACCUAAACAAGACACGAGUUCAGGGAGAGAAACCUGAAUCUCACACGGUUUCAACGUGGAUAAGCUCUAACAUGGGUUUGAUGGGGACACACAACAUGCACAUUUGAGCUGGUUAACGAAUUCACCCUCUAAUGAUUGAGGAAUUAAUCGGAGAAAAUAUCACAGCGAUCGGUUUAGUCCAAAACCUUUUAAUUUUGUCAAUUCAGUCCUAAAUCUAUUGUACGGCAGCCAAUUCAGUGCAUCGUUAGAUAGCACAAGUAUUUGAUAUAGUUGUAUUCUAGGAUAGCUUGCUUUUUCUCGUUAGAGAAAAAUAGCUAAUUUUGUUAUUAAA